AUGUGCAGUACCUUCAUAUUUCCGCUGGUGCUGGGGUUUCUCGGGUCAGCAUUCGCCAUCACCCAGGCUCCCAAGCUUCCUUCCCUCCUCAUUCGUCAAGAAGGGGACCUUGCAUCCUGCGAGCUGGUCAAUUCCAUUGCCGCGGCAUGCUCUGCGAGUACAAGUAACCUUUUCGAUCAGGGUUUCAGCGUUGCGGCUUCCUGCCUCUGUUAUUCGGGAUCGGUGUAUCAGCCUUCGAUUUACGACGGGGCUAUCGAAACAUGCCUGGCGUAUCUGUCCACCGCCUCACCACCACUGUACACUUCACUUGCUGGAAGUGGCCAGACAGGGAGUCCCUGUGCAUCGGUCGGCGACGUUCGUACCAACACGGCGAUCGACUCCAACCUCAUUUCUUGCUCGUCUUGGUACAGCAUGGAAGCCUCGUGCUCCGGCGACAAUAUUAACUCGUCGCCCCCACCAUUCUCAAUCCAAGCAAGCUGUCUGUGCUAUACGAGCUCAGUAUUCGCCCCUUCGGUCUUUGAUGGCUACUGGGACGGUUGCCUGGACUACUACAAGACCGCAUCCUCGGCCUACUACUACGAAACACUGUCCUCACCAGGGAAGGAUCUCAACACGCCUUGUGCGAGGGUUGGCGAUGUCAGGACGUCGACCGCGGACAGUUCGAGUUCUGCUGCUCCAGGCCAAACAAUGUCAACCACCCCUACCACCACCGCCAGCACGAGUAGCAGCAGCGCACCUAUUCAAUCGGUCACAGGAGAGAGUGCAGCAUGUGCUUUGCCUGUGCCUGGUGCAUGGUGGCUUCUUUUGACAGUGAUGCUACUUCUCUGA